AUGAUGAAUGUAGAAAUAAGUACGACAAAACGUGAGUUGUCUUAUCUUAAUGAAACAAUCUUGAGCGGUGACUUUUCAGAGAUCGGCUUCGGCCUGACGUGUUUCGGAGUCUUCUUCAUAUUCCUCGGAGUGCUCUUGUUCCUCGACUCGGCACUUUUGGCCAUUGGAAAUGUGAGAACUCUACGAUUUGGUUCAAUUUCUCACUAAAAAUCUGUAAUUUCAGCUCCUGUUCAUCGUCGGAAUCACAUUUAUUAUCGGCAUGCAGAGAACGUUGGUGUUCUUCUUUGAAAUCCGAAAACUCAAAGGCAGCAUCCUCUUCUUUGGAGGUACGUGGUUUAUCAAGUUUAGUUCAAAAAUAGUAUAAAAAAUGCAACUUUUUUUAAAGGAAUUCUGACCGUUCUUUUCGGAUAUCCGCUGUUUGGAAUGAUAGCAGAGUGUUGGGGGUUUGUGCUGUUGUUCGGGUAAGCUUUUACUUUAAUUAAAACAUAAAAUAUUCUUAAAAACUGCAUUUUCAGUGGAUUCUUGCCGGGACUCAUCAAUCUGGCGCGGACUAUCCCCGGAAUCUCGAUGAUCACCUAUCUGCCAGGCAUUCGACAGGUAAUCCUUCGACUAUUGUGACCAAUUCCAUACUAUUUUGUUUCAGAUCCUCGACAGACUUGCUCCAGAAUCCAAGUACCCCGUCUAA